UCACGAGAGAGAAGGGUUCCGUUGGAGGGUAAAACGAGCAUUGCACAAACUGAUUCUUUGACCAGGUGUAACGAUAUGACUAGUAAAGAUUGAAAAGAGAGGAAGGGGGAAGAAAAAAAAAAGAAAUGCAAGAUCUGGUCUCCACAAUAGUUGCCUGAAACACUUCCUAGCUCUUUGUAUAUUUUCAAGUGAAUAUAUAUCUACAUUGGCAGGCUGGUUUCUGUUGCAUGCUUCUGCCCCCAUGGAUACUGAGAUAAGGCCAUGUUCCCCCCUCUCCUUCUUUCUUCUCUUCUUUCUCUUCUCUUCUCUCAACAUCCAACACUGUGGAGCAACUGAUAGCAUCUCUUUGGGCCAGUCCCUCUCCGGAAACCAGACCAUAGUGUCCAAAGAAGGCAAGUUUGAGCUGGGGUUCUUCACACCAGGUAACUCCCGUAACUACUACAUAGGUAUCUGGUACAAAACAAUUCCUGUCCAAACUGUAGUCUGGGUGGCGAACAGAGCAACACCCAUCUCCAACACCUCCUCUGCCGAGUUAAAAAUCUCAGAAGAUGGCAAACUAGUCCUCCUCAACAUUUCCAAAAUCCCAGUUUGGUCAUCCAAUUCAACUCCAUCAACCUCGAAUUCCACGGUUGCUGUGCUUCUGGACACCGGAAAUCUCGUUAUAAGAAAUGGGUCAAACACUACAAUUUGGCAGAGUUUUGAUCACCCAACUGACACAUGGAUGCCAGGAGGAUGGCUUGGAGUUAACAAGAUCACAGAGGAGUAUCAGAGCAUGACUUCAUGGGAGAAUCGUGAGAAUCCUGCCCCCGGGCCUUUCGCUCAUAGUAUGGACCCCGAUGGAUCCAAUCAGUUCGUAUUGCUGUGGAAUGGUUCUGAAAUUUAUUGGAGCGGUGGGCUGUGGAAUGGCCAGUACUUCACUGCAGUCCCUAGUACCAGAGAAAGCACUCCCUUCAACUUCACCUUCGUCGACAACAAGCAGCGGAAGUAUGCCAUGUAUACCAUCCGGGACAGUUCUUUCAUCACUCGGUGUGUGAUUGAAUCAUCGGGGCUAUUAAAGCAAUUGUAUUGGCUGAACGGCGCCCAGGAGUGGCAGGCAAUCUUUACUCAACCUUCGGCUCAAUGUGAUGUCUACUCUCUAUGUGGAGCUUUCGGUAUCUGCGACCAGAAAAGCUCAAAUAUUUGCAGGUGCUCCUAUGGUUUUGAACCAGCUUCAAUGGAAGAAUGGGAGUUCAAUGUUUGGAAGUCAGGGUGCGUGAGGAAAACCAGUUUGCGAUGCAGCAAUAAAAGCUCGACCGGUGGAGAAGGGGAUAGAUUCGUUGAGAUGACCAAUAUGAGAUUGCCUGCCAAUCCGCAGAACUUGACUGUCGGGAGUGCUAGAGAUUGCGAACAGGCUUGCUUGAACAGCUGCUCAUGCAACGCGUAUGCUUAUGUGAGUGGAUGCUCAAUUUGGAAUGGGGACAUUCGGAACCUUCAACAACUCUAUGAUGGUGAUAGUGCAGCUGGUACUCUGCAUCUCCGGCUCUCUGCCUCUGAUUUCCCAGCUUCAAUGUCAUCGGUGGAAUUCUUGGGAUCUCGGGUGUUCUCGUCGGACUAA